AUGGAAAUAAUUUUAAAUGGGAAAAAUGCUUUAGAACCAAAGAUGUUCGUGGCCAUGGAAAUGACAACUGAAAAGAAGCUCUUUGGCUUUUGGAAUAGCAAAAAAGGGACUGUACAUGGAUAUUUCCAAGCUGGAAUCGAGGCACUUUCUAGACGAAGGCAGUCUUAUCCCCAGGAGGUGACAGCGUGCUGGGCUUGCUCUCGGCACCUCCUCUGCCUGGGCUCCCACUUUGGCGCCACUUGGGGAGCCCUUCAGCCCACCGGUGCACUGUGGGAGCCCCCUUCUGGGCUGGCCAAGGCGGGAGCCGGCUCUCUCAGCUUGCAGGGAGGUUUGGAGGGAGAGGCGCGAGCGGCAACCGGGGCUGCACGCGGCGCUUGCCGGCCAGCUGGAGUUCCGGGUGGGCGUGGGCUUGGCGGGCCUCUCACUCAGAGCAGCCGGCCGGCCCUGCCGGCCCCGGGCAAUGAGGGGCUUAGCACCCGGGCCAGGGGCUGCGGAGGGCGUACUGGGUCCCCCAGCAGUGCCAGCCCACCGGCACUGCGCUCAAUUUCUCACCAGACCUUAGCUGUCUUCCCGCGGGGCAGGACUCGGGACCUGCAGCCCGCCAUGCCUGAGCCUCCCACCCCCUCCACGGGCUCCUGUGUGGCCCGAGCCUUCCCGACGAGCGCCACCCCCUGCUCCACAGCACCCAGUCCCAUCGACCACCCGAGAGCUGAGGAGUGCAAGCGCACGGCGCAGGACUGGAGGGCAGCUCCACCUACCACCCCUGUGCAAGAUCCACUGGGUGAAGCCAGCUGGGUUCCUGAGUCUGGUGGAGAUGUGGAGAACCUUUAUGUCUAG